CUCCAUACAGAAAUAAUGGAAGACCUGAAGCCCACGUCAGUCAACUCAUCUCCUCUAACCCCCUUGGGAUUUCUGGAAAGAGCAGCCACCGUUUACGGCGACUGCCCCUCCGUUGUCUACGAAGACACCACCUACACGUGGACGCAGACCCACCGUCGCUGUCUCCGCGUCGCUUCCUCCAUAUCAUCCCUUGGCAUCGACAGAGGCCACGUGGUGUCUGUCCUCUCCCCAAACGUCCCCGCCAUGUACGAGCUACACUUCGCCGUGCCCAUGUCCGGCGCCAUCCUCAACACCAUCAACAUCCGCCUCGACACCCGCACCGUCUCCCUACUCCUGCGCCACAGCGAAUCAAAACUAGUCUUCGUCGACUACGAAUUGCAAUCCCUAAUCCUUGAAGCCAUCUCUCUCUUCCCGCCAAACACCCCCUCCCCUAGACUCGUCCUCAUCGCCAACGAUUCCGGCGAGCCGUCACGCGCAGCACAACUCGACCACUUCCUCUGCACGUACGAGAACCUCGUGGAGACAGGCGACGAGGGGUUCGAGUGGGUCCCGCCGUCGAACGAGUGGGACCCGAUAACGCUGAAUUACACGUCGGGUACCACAUCGUCUCCCAAGGGAGUAGUUCACUGCCACAGAGGCGCUUUCAUCAUCACCGUCGAUUCCCUGAUCGACUGGGGCGUACCCAAACAACCCGUGUACCUGUGGACCCUACCAAUGUUCCACUCUAACGGGUGGAACUUUCCAUACGGGAUGGCAGCCGUCGGUGGGACGAACAUCUGUGUUCGUAAGUUCGACGGCCAAAUCAUCUACGCCUUGAUCAAACGAUACCGUGUCACCCACAUGUGCGGUGCGCCCGUGGUGCUGAACAUGCUCACAAACGUCCGGUCCGGAACCGAGAAACUCGAGUACCCGGUACACAUCCUAACCGGCGGAGCGCCGCCGCCGGCACAGGUUCUCAUCCGGACCGAGUCCAUGGGUUUCGUGGUGAGUCACGGGUACGGGCUGACCGAAACGGCGGGGGUGGUGGUGUCGUGCGCGUGGAAGGGGAAGUGGAAUUUGUUGCCGGCGACGGAGAGAGCGAGGCUGAAGUCGAGGCAAGGAGUGAGGACGGUCGGAAUGACCCGAGUCGACGUGGUUGACCCGGACUCGGGACUCAGCGUAAAACACGACGGAAUGUCAAUCGGCGAGAUCGUUCUGAGAGGCGGGUGCGUGAUGCUCGGGUAUCUGAAGGACCCAUCGGGAACGGCCAAGUGCAUGAAAGACGGGUGGUUUUAUACUGGUGACGUGGGGGUAAUUCAUCCCGAUGGCUAUUUGGAAAUCAAGGACAGAUCCAAGGACGUUAUUAUAAGCGGGGGCGAGAACCUGAGCAGCGUGGAGGUGGAGUCAGUGCUGUAUGCGAACCCGGCUGUCGACGAGGCGGCGGUUGUGGCGAGGCCUGACGAGUUUUGGGGGGAGACGCCGUGCGCGUUUGUGAGCUUGAAGAGUGAUGUGACGGCGAAGCCGACCGAGAAUGAGAUCAUGGAGUAUUGCAGGAAGAAGCUGCCGAAAUACAUGGUGCCAAAAACGGUGGUGUUUAAGGACGAGCUUCCCAAGACUUCGACCGGGAAGAUUCAGAAGUUUGUGCUCAGACAGAUGGCUAAGGGUUUGGGUUCGUCGAGGCUGAGUCGGAUGUAAUUUUAAAUAUCAAUCAAAUAAUUAAAUAAUGAUUGCAUUGUCAAAUUUCAGCCCAUUUAUGAUGUUCAUGUAUGUGAUUUUUCUGGGCAGUGGUGAUGAUCAAUGUUUGCUCGCGACACUGCGUAGUGGAAGUGGCAUUUCAUUAUGAAUGUAUACGUUUCAUUGGACAGUGCCUUUUUAAGCAUAUUUCAAAAAUUAUUCGAGUGGAAUUUAUGUAGAAAA